AUGAUGUAUCCAGGCUUUUGUUAUAUUUCAUAUAUUCUGCUAAUUAUCACUACUCUAAAUAAAAUAGUUCUAGCAAACGAUAUAAAAGAUGUUCAAUUAAAAUCCCAAUUGGAUAGUUUAUGGUUACCAAAAGAACUGAUAACCAACACUAUUAUUGUUGUUCAUCUUCAAUCAGUUCUGGUAAUUAUGGCUAGUGAAAGAGACUUUCCAUUUAAUGUUUUAUCAGAUUCUAAAUUUAAUUAUAUUCGUUAUCCUCAAUCAUAUCGUACGACAUUACUGCAGAUUAGUUCAGACAUGCAUAAAAUAUUCUCGAAUGUUUAUUCGACAAUGUAUCAUAUUCAACUCGCUGUUAAACGAAUUCCAAAUCAUAUCAAAACAAUAUUAAAACUUAUUACGGCAAGGUCAUCUAGAAUGACUCAAAUAAUGCUACCUACUACGCUCAAUAAUAUUGCUCGUAUCUCAAAUGAAAAUAAAAUUUUACUCAAUAAAACUAUAGAUCAAUUCAGUAAUCUUUUGAAUUUUUUAAACGAAAUCAAACAAUAUACAACCAAUUUAUCAUUAAAAUUUAAUAAUUACUUUUCAAAUAAAACUGAUUUAAUACUCUACAAAGGUUUUAAUUCGAAAAAUAUUUUUGAAGAGCUUUGUAUAAUAAUUCAACAAAUGAAAAAACAAUAUGAACAAAUUGUUCAAUUAAUUAUUAAUGUUGAUAUUCAAGAAAAAUUUAAUUUAUCUAAUAAUGAUGAUGAUGAAAUUCUUCGUUUUAUUUCACUCUUAUAUAGCAUUGAAAAUAAUGCUUAUUAUCUUUAUCAAUUAUCAAGUAUCUAUUCAGAUGUAUUAGAUCGAUAUAUACUCGAUCGGCUUGCUAACAUUGGACGAUAUGCAAUAUUAUCAACUGAUGAUGAACGUUUCAAAUUUUUUUCUGAAUUAUCACAACAAAUGUCAAACAUUGUGCAUGAAGUUGAAGCAUUAUUUAUUGAACGUCAAAAUGAAUUUGAAAUCAAUACUAUGAUGUUACAACAAGCUUAUGAAAAACUUUUCAAUGAAUUUCAAAAUGGUUUACCAAUAUCUAAAUUGUUAGAAACCAAAUGA